AUGAUGGGAGAGUCUUCUUCGAGUUCAACCUCUUGGAGCAGUAGUCAAACGGAUACUCAAGAUGAUCGGAUGAUUGCUCUUAUGUUAUCUGAAGAGUUCACUAACCUAGAUGGUGCAGUAGGCAGACGCCUCUCCAAUCUUGCUCCCGUUCCCCAUGUUCCGCGGAUAAAUUCUUAUAUCCCCAACUUAAAUGAUGCCACCUUGGAUCACCAACGCCUUCUUCAAAGGCUAAAUGUUUAUGGUUUGUGUGAGUUGAAGGUCUCUGGUGAUGGAAACUGCCAGUUCCGAGCUCUUUCUGACCAGUUGUACCGAUCUUCAGAGUACCACAAGCAAGUUAGGGGAGAAGUUGUUAAACAGCUUAAGGACAAUCGCACUAUGUACGAAAGUUAUGUUCCGAUGAAAUACAAACGAUAUUACAAGAGUAUGGCGAAACUUGGAGAAUGGGGAGACCAUAUUACCCUACAAGCGGCGGCAGAUAGGUUUGCAGCAAAGAUAUGCCUGCUGACGUCCUUCAGAGACACGUGUUUCAUUGAAAUUAUGCCUCAAAACCAUGCACCUAAGCGUGAGUUAUGGUUAAGUUUCUGGUCGGAGGUGCAUUAUAACUCUUUAUACGACAAUCAAGCGGUUCCAGUUCAGCAGAAGCCAAAGAGAAAACAUUGGCUGUUCUAG